UGUAAUGUCAUGCGUAUAAUAUUCAAUCAUCGUAUUGGAAACGGCACAGGGAAAUACAUAGAACUAUGCUUAUAAAUAUGAGUGUCCAUAUUGUGAAUGUACUUUGGUUACUGUCUUAUUCACACCCGUGUAUCUCUGCUCUGGUAUGCAAAGGAUUGAAAGGACUUACAUGUUGUACUGGUUUUACUGGACAUGUUUGGAACGAGACAGUUCACAACUGUACAAGCUGUAUGUCCGGAUUUCAUGGCGAAAACUGUGCUUCGUCUUGCCCUUUUCCGUAUUAUGGCAUUCGAUGUGGCUUAAAGUGCAACUGUAGUGAAGACGAGUGUCAUCAUCAAUAUGGCUGCAAAAGAAGGCUUGGAGACUGUGAUCCGGGAGUCGUUGGUCCAUACUGUGAAUUAACAUGUCGAUAUCCAGAAUUUGGAAAGGAUUGUCAAAUGGAAUGUGAAUGUGAAGAGCAGAACUGUAACCCGAUGACGGGAUGUAUAUUAGAUUCGUCAUCACCUGCUGCAGGUCCGUUAGCGAAAACAACUACUGCUUAUCCACUGAAUGCAGCGAAUGAAAAUUUUAUUUCCUUCGUUUAGAUAAACUAGCUGCAGGGAGUAACUCUUGCUUUGGAAAGGUGCAUAUCCCCACUAUAAAGGGAAUUACAACUACUUUGCAAUAUGCCAUCCUUGGACUCGGAGUUGUGUAUUUCUGAUCUUCUACAUUAGACUGUACAUUGUUUUGUAUAGAUAUAUACCGAAAGUAAGGAAUAGGAAAGGACAUGAAAGGCAAAUGGAUGUGUAAACUGGAAGGGAAACAUUCUUUAGGAAGUUAUGGAUUGAAAUUCAAAUACAGAAACUACGUCAAGGACAUAUCUCCAUAAUAUACAUGUAUGAUGCAUUUCUGCUAUAUUUCGGAAAACGAA